CUACUAUGCCACGUUGGAAAUAUUGACGUCUCCGUCAGAAUUGGUAAAAAUUAUUAGUAAAAAAGUUCUUAUGUGGCGUUUUGUAUUUACUUUUGUAAAAUAAUUUGUUUUUUUGUUUUUUUUUUAUCAUCGUACCAUCCAUAUUUGACACUUGACUCAAUAAUUCAAUAAGUUUAGAUAACGACCUCAAAUAAUUUAAAAUUAAAAUCAAGAUGAAGAUAAAGGAGUUGCAAAAGACGGUAAACAUGACAUGGUCCCCCAUGCAGCAAACCUCAAUUAUGUUAGCAGCUGGGACUGCAGCGCAGCAGUUGGAUGUUAAUGUGAGCUCGGUGUUAGAAAUAUACUCUGCAAAUUUACUUGACCCUGUUUAUGAUUUAGAGCUAAAGGUUUCUCAACCUAGCCGUUAUAAAUUUCAAAAAUUAAUUUGGUCACCACAUAAUAUAAAUGAUAGUUAUGCAAAUGGAUUAAUUGUAGGCGGAUGUGAAGGAGGUCAUCUUCAAGUUUUUAAUGCAUCUAAAUUACUAGCUGGUGAAAAUGGAUUAGUUGCUGAUCAAGACACGCACACAGGUGCUAUUCGAGGACUAGAUUUCAAUCCGUUUCAAAAUAAUUUAUUAGCUUCUGCUGCGUCAGAAUCAGAAAUUUUUAUAUGGGAUUUAAAUAAUACAUCAACCCCAAUGGCGCCUGGAACCAAAACUCAGCCUCUAGAAGAUGUUCAAAACGUGGCUUGGAAUCGCCAAGUUCAACAUAUCUUAUCUUCGGUGUUUAGCUCAAGAUGCGUUAUUUGGGAUUUAAGAAAAAAUGAGCAGAUUAUGAAAUUAAGUGAUUCUCAAUCUCGUGUUAGAUGGAGAGCAAUUCAGUGGCAUCCCGAAAUUGCUACCCAACUAUGGUUAGCUUCAGAAGAUGAUUCAGCUCCUUUUGUUCAAUUAUGGGAUUUGAGAUAUGCAACAGCUCCUGCAAAGUCGCUGCAAGUACACAAUCGAGGUAUUCUUGGUUUAACAUGGUGCCCUACAGACGUAGAUAUGAUGAUAUCAUGUGCAAAAGAUAAUAAAAUUUUGUGUUGGAAUCCGAAUAGUGAAUUACCAAAUGGGGAAAUAUUAGGUGAAGUUGCAACAACUAUUCAGUGGUAUUCAGAUGUACAAUGGUGUCCGCGUAACCCAGCGCUUAUAGCUAGUUCUAGUUUAGAAGGAAAUGUUUCUAUAUAUUCCCUCUUUGGUGGAACUCAUCAUCAGGUUUUAACAUCAAAUAAAAUUGCGGAUUCAUUUCCAGGUAUGGAUCAAUUUUCCCAAGCACCAAUACCUCAACAAACAACGCAGAUUAUUUAUCAAGACCUAAUCAAACCGCCAAAGUGGAUGAAGAGAAAGUCAGGUGUUUCAUUCGGGUUUGGUGGAAAACUUAUAACGUUUGGCGAUAAAAGUGGCCAGCAAAUCAAAAUAAAUCAAAUCGUAACUGAAACAGAGUUGGUAAAUAGAGCGAAUGCCUUAGACAAAGUAUUAGAGGAUGGAAAUUAUUCAGAAUAUUGCAAAAACAAAGCAGAUCAAAUGUCAGAUCAGGAUGGACGAUAUUUAUGGUAUUUUAUUAAGGCAAAUUUUGAACUGAAUCCACGGGAAGAAAUGCUUAAUUUGCUAGGCUAUAAUAAAGAAGAUACAGCGAACAAAUUUAAAAAACAUACUAAAAUUGAAAAUUUAGUUAACAGAAAUGGAAUAGAAGAUGUUACUGCCAAAAUGGCAACUUUAACACAUAGUGACUCAUCUGAGGUUGAGGGUGACCAAAGCACGGAUGAUAGUACAGAUAUCUCGGGAGGUGAUAAUAAUGCUUUAUUUGAUGCUUUGGCGGAGGAAAACAAGUUACAAAAGCAAAUAGCCGACAAAAAAUCCCAAAAAUUUAAAAUUCCAACCGGAGACGAUAGUAGUGGAUUAAUAUCAGAGGCCAUCUUGAGCGGCAAUAUUGAAGCCGCUGUUGACUUAUGUUUUAGUUGUGGUAAAUCCACAGAAGCGUUGAUUAUAGCUUCAACAGCAGGGAUCGAUUUUUUGAAAAAUGUGCAAUUAAAUUACUUGCUAAAACAAAAUAAUGAGGUAUCUAAUAUAAUUAUUGCAUUAGCUCAAAAUGAAUGGAUUAAUAUUAUGAGUAAUUGCGAAAUUGAAUCUUGGAAAGAAGCACUGAUGGGUGCGCUAACUCAUAGUGAUGCACGUUUGGGAGAUCUUUGCGCCAAAUUGGGUGAUAGAUUGCAGGAAGAGUCAACGGAAUUCAAUUUAAUGCGCAAAGCUUUGCUUUGCUAUAUUUGUGCUGGAGACGUUGGGAAGUUAGUAGAAGGUUGGCUAAACUUACGUAAUAAAAAAGCAAAUACAAAGCUUUCAACAUCCGAAUUACAAGAUUUAGUGGAAAUUGUCAUGUUGCUUAAAAAAUCACUCGAAUUACGAGGAGUUUCAAUUCAGGUAUCAGGCCAGUUAGCUGAAUUUUUAGCUCAGUAUGCCGGAUUGUUAGCAACUCAAGGUGCGCUAGAUACGGCACUCUCAUAUUUAGGACCCACUGAAGAUGCCCUGUUGGAAGACCUAAGAGACCGACUAUACUAUGCUUUAGGACAUAAACAAAUAAAUUCGUCGUAUUCCCGUACCCGUACUGUUAGCCAAAACAUAUAUGGCAGAUCAUCAGUAACGUCGUCCACGUCAGCAAUAACAAAUCAAAGGUUCCAACCCAGAGGGUCAUUUUCAAAUCCAGUUCCAGUUUUACCGGCAAUGAACUCAAACACAAAUAAUUUUAACGCUGGAAUUGUGGGGCAGCCUCAGCAGCCAUGGAACAUGCCGCCAAAUGUUCCUUCAAAUAUUCCUCCAGUACCAACUUUUAACUCAAUGCAAAAUUUACCUCAAAAUACAACCUUAGCGCAACCACCAUUACAACCAACCACUAUGUUAUCUCCUCCGCCACCUUUGGGUAAACCACUGCAAAUAAAUGAGACACUUCCAAAUCCCCAAAGACCUUCAAGUGUGGGUUCACAAGGAAGUGGACCACUGACACGCAAAUAUGUGGUUGAUCCUUCUGUAAGCUCUGGGCCACAAUAUGGUCAAAUGGGUGCAUUCAAUCCAAAUCAACAAAUGAAUUUAACUGGGAAUGGAUCAUCGUUUCAGCCGUAUCCAACUUACAAUAAUCAAGUCAAUCAAAAUUUGAGUAAUUCAAUGCCUCCAGCAAAUACCAUAUCCAGUCAAAACUUUAAACCUUUUAUACCAUCUCAGCCGGGAGCUGGUUUUAAUAGUAAUAUUGCUACUGGUAUACCGCCUGUAGAAAUGGGGCAAACAGUGAUGCCGCCUCCUGCAAUGGAGAACUGUAAUCCAACGCCUCCUCCUGGUUGGAAUGAUCCGCCACCUCUAUCUUCUUCAAGCCGACAGAAUGGAAUGUCUGCAAAGCAUGCAGGAACUAGGAAAUGGCAGAAAAUUAUAAAUGCUCAUAAUAGUUCUUCAUCAAACGAGUUAAAAAAACCCUCCAAAAAUCAAGAUAGCUUCAUGUUUCAGGCAAAACCGGAUGCGCAAAAGAUGGCACCCAUUACACAUCCAAUAUUUGGAGCUGUAGAUUCAAAUCAAAACGGUUAUAUGGAUCCAAAUAUUCAGCAAAAUUCCAAUACCGCAUUUUCUAAUAUACAACCUCCACCGUUAGCGGGUUCGCAAAUUUAUAACCCUAAUCCUGUACAACCCCAGCAAUAUUUAGAUAAUCAAAGCAAUUUCAGGCCUAAUAUAAACCAAAUGAAUUUUAAAACCCAGGCUAUUUCUCAAGGAUUUCAACAGCAAUCUCAGGCUUUAUCUCAACAGAAUUUACAGCAAAUGCAAACGAAACAGGAACCGCCAAAACAGAAAGCUCCUCUACCUGAAGAAUAUAUUUAUAUGCAAACAGUAUUAGAAGAGUUAAAGAAUCAAUGCAUGAAUGUCGCAGCAGAUUUGCGAACGAAGAAAAAAAUUCAAGAUGUUACAAAACGAUUACAAUAUCUAUAUGAUGCUUUAAGAGAAAAAAGGCUUUCAACAAAUACAAUAAAUUCUCUAAAUCAAAUUGUGCAAUUUUUACAAACUGGUGACUAUGGAAAUGCAUUAACCAUUCAUACACAAAUAGUAUCUGGGCCUGAUUUCUCCCAAACCGCCAAUUUUAUGCCCGGAAUCAAAGUGUUGGUACAGACAGCAUCUGAGUUGAAAAUAUAUUUACAAUGAAAUUGUAAUAAUAUAUAGAGCCAUUUAAAAUUAUUAUACAUAACAUAAAUAUUUUUGUUUUAAAUAUCGUUACACAUUAAGCAGAAAUUUUGUCUUAAUGUAUUAAAACAUGUUUUAUACUUCGUAAUAUUAUGUAGGUGCUGAAGUCUCUUAUGUAACUAAGAAAAAUAAUUACUAUAAUUUCAAUAUUUAUAGAUUCACAUUCAUUUAAUAUACACAUAUUAUAAAAAUAAAAUUAAAUAAAAACUU